ACAACAUGACUGAGAAGCCAAAAUGAAUUCAGUUAUUUUUAUAAUAGUUUUCUAUCAGCUGUGCCGCCGACAACAUGCUUUCUCCGAUUAUGCGAUCUUCGGUCGUUCGUUCAAAACAUUCACAUGUGUACACUUCAUUCAUAUCUUAUUUCAAUUAAUUGUUCAAUUAGCAAUAAAGUCGGCUGUUUUAAUGUGCAGUGCGGUGGCUUCAAUUAUAAAUAAACCGAUUCGUUUAAUUCAACCGAAGGAUAUACCAUUUAAUGUGUGAAAUAUAAAAAUUUCUUAGAUUUUAAUUGAGAAUGUGAUGUAAUCUAAACACAACAACAACAACCACAACGAAACGAGAGCUCCGCACAAAAAUAUGUUUGAGAUUUUAUUUAUGUUUUCAUUCAGUUCUGCACGGGAUCUGUGAUUGUAAGGCAAAAUAAUUGAGAAAAGAAAUACGAAUGGUGAUUAUGAAAUUUGUGCGAAAAGAAUUCAUCAAUCGAAGGCUUUGUGCAAAGAGUUUCAUAUAGUUACCUGCACUAUAGUGGUCUUGCAAGUGAACAGUGCAUUGCUUGUGAUAUUUUAUUUAAUGUGCAAAUUUAAUAGCCAACGUUGUAGUAAUAAGUGAAAGUUGUUUAUAAAUGUACAUAUCUUUGAACCAUCUAACCAAAAGUGUGUUCUCUGUGAUAUGAAAUUGUUACUCAGUCAUACAUUCAGUAUGAGAAUUCAUUUCGUAUAACGAAAACUAAUUUUUGAAAUUAUUUAACAAAUCGACUGUGAAUAGCCUCAGCAUAUAUACUCAGACUCUAGACCGUUGAAGCGCAAAUCGUAUCACCAUGAUCGCCAAUGAGAUCGAUAACAAUAUCAGUAAAUUUCUUGCAAACAUCACGAACGAAGUAAGGCCAUCCCGACCACUACUACCCAGAACAGCAGAAUUGUUUGCAGAUCUCAACACAUUUCUCUUAGUAUCGUACAUAGUUGGCCUAAUACUCUUCCUGGUAACCACCAUCAAAUUUGUACUUUUCAUACCCAAGAUACUACAAAAUACACCAAAACCAUUCGUUUCGCGAACAUUGAUACUUUGCGGGAUUUAUACAAUUGUUGCAGCCAGUUCGUUCACAUCACUAUUAGUUCCCAGAGCGUUGCUGUUUUGCGAAUCGAUCAGUGUCGUCACAUUUGCAUUAUGUUCGUAUCAAUACUUUUGUCUAUGCGUCGACUAUGCAGGUGGCGAAUCGAAUUUCAUUCGGAUAGCUGAUGAUGUUAAAGUGUUUAACAUGCGAGCUCCACCUUGUUGUUGCUGUCUUUGCUUUAUCAGUCCUAUGCAUAUCACCAAGGACAGAUUUAUGAAAGUCCGAUUGCUAAUACUACAACUUCCAAUCGGGCUGGGACUAGUAUAUCUGAUACUAAAUGUGGUUUACUUGGAGGAUUCGGUGUUGUACAGCAACAUCAGCUAUUACUUUAUGCCAUUCUUGGGAAUUUCUGUAUUAAGCGGUGUUUGGGGUCUGCAAAUGGCCAGUCGAAUGUUUUCGCCACUGUUUAUCGAAUACAAAUUAACGCCAAAAUACAUUGCAGUGCAAAUGGUGCUACUUAUCUGUAAACUACAACCGUUGAUCGCACAAAUUGAAUUGACGAUAAAUGGAUCGAAUGACAAUGGAUAUCCGAUUACCAGAAAAGUAUACGGAAAUGCGAUCGUACAACUGCUAAUACUAGUCGAGGUGAUAAUUCUUUCGUUCUGGUCGCAUUACUUGUAUGGAGCUCCAUCGAAUGCUGUUAAGAAUAAGGAAAAGGAUGACAUCGCAUCAACGUGAACGGGAUCUCGAACUGGAUGUCAUGAUCUCAUUCGAAUAUAAUUGAGAUUCUCAUCACUCGUACUUAUAUAUAUGUUUCAGUGCAAAGAAAGGAAAAAAAACGAAAAAAUCUUAUCAUGUCGUUCGUACUAAUUCACAUUAACUUAAAUUUUAGAGCUUAGGAAUUCUAUUUUCGAUAUUAAAUUUGAAAUUAUUUUUUUAGA